AUGGAGUCGAUCGUGUCUAACUCUGUCACUGAUGGUGGUGCUGCUGAAAUUUUUGCAAGUGAUGAUAAGGAAAAAGCUGGUUCGAAUCCAAGAAAUGGGUUUGUUUCAAUGGAGGGAACAAGAUUACUCAAAAAUUUGCAGCCCAAAAUCGUGAGUGGAGAUUUUGGUUACAUUCUGGAGUACGUCCCACACUUUUCUGAUUAUAUUCCUCAUCUUCCUGUACGUAUAAUUUCUAAUCUGGGUUUUGUUGCUUAUGAUCAGAUCUUUGAUUCUGUAACUAAGACAUGGAUUGGCUGUUUGAUUCUUUUGACUUUUACUUGUUUUGAGUGGGAAAAAAAUGUUAAAAACUUUUGA